AUGAAGCGACUACGAGGAUUGAGUGCAGCGACUACGAAGAUUGUUUGUACAGGUGCGGAUGCCGAACUAUACAAAGUUCCCGAGUUGGAUGCACCUUCAGAUGAGACCACAACAAGCUCUCUAGAGUGGUUAAGCGAUGACGACGAUGAUGAAACACCCUUCGAUAACGAGGCAGAUUCCGAGCACGCUCUUGUCAGAGUUGCGUUGCAUUCAGCAAUCCCGCUUUGCAGCAGCAAGCCGGAACUGUGGGAUGCGCGGCAUUGUGGUCAACUCAUAUCGGAAGCGGCGAGGAAAAGUCCACUGGUUAUGACGAGUGAGGUGGAGAUUGUGGACUUGGAUGACUGAGGUACGUACAAGAGGGCACAAUUUCGUUGAAGGCAUGAGAAUAUCAUUGAUGGAGAUUGCGAUGGAG